AUGGAUUCUACACCAAAUAUAGCAAAGUUGUUAUUGCUUCAGGAGGAUCGCGAGAAAAGCUUUAAAAAAUGGCCUUUUACUGUCGACAAGUUGUGUAGCAUUCAAAAGAUGGCAGAAGCAGGAUUUUAUUGGCAAGGAACAGACACGGAAAUUGACAUUGCCGCUUGUUUUGUGUGCGGUAAAGAGCUGGACGGUUGGGAAGAAUCCGACGAUCCUUGGACUGAACAUCGAAAGCACGCGCCGCAAUGUCCAUUUGUAAAAUAUGGUCGCCCUGAAGCAAACCUUACGUGCGAAGAAUUCGUGAACCUUAUGAUGGCCACAGUAAAAAUGAGAUUUCAAAAUGACUACACUACCCUGAAGACCAAUGCCAAGGUGCUGAUAGAGAAGAAACGGAAAGAAAUGGAAAAGCUCCUGCGAUCGCAUUAG